CACUUCCCCAGCAAAAGGGCCCUGAGCGUCUUCACGGAUCAACACCUUCUCUACAAAUCCUCCGAGUGCCAGCAGAUGGCAUCCGAGGACACACACGCGCCUCGAUCGACUGUCAUCCACGAUGGUGCUCCGGCGUAACGAAUCCACCCCUCGAGUCUCGGAGCCCUGGCGGAUGCCCAUGCCAUGGCCCCUUCACUCGCCCCCUCGAACAUAAGGGCUUUUGUCCGCUGGAAGGAACCGAGUGUGUACGCGGGCGAUAGCAUUGAAUGCAUCAUCACGUUCGUGAACGUCGUGCCGGCGUCGGGACAGGCGAGGGAGCAAGAGCAGCAUACUCGAUUUCCCAAUGGCGAUCCGUCGCGCUUGUCGGGCGAGAGCAUCAGGUCGUCUGCUACGCAGCGCACGGAGAGUACUCAAGUGACGGCGCGAGCUUCGGGACAUCGACCUCCUCUGUCGCUCAGUGUUGCGGGCGACUCCUUCGACUCCAAUGCGCCGAGCUCUGCUGCCCGUGGCCAUGGUAGAUCAUUAUCCAUCUUGUCUCUUCGCAGCGAUCAGGGGAAUGAUUCCCGGGUACCACCGCAAGGAGGACCUGCUGCAAAACGACACGAUAAAAGCCAUGCGCGAGGUGCGAGUCUGGCGACGCUUCCUUCAACUGGAACUUCCCCGGGCGGUACAUCUACUCCUGUUGCACCUCGGCAGCCUUCUCCGCUUAACGAGUCUUCAACCUCACCUCUUCGGGAUGAGACCCAAACCGGUCAGUUACCUACACGCCAAACAAAGCGACGACCGGAUGCUGUUUCUUCACACAGUACACCGCACCUGGCUCGAGUGAAUAGCUUGCAGAAAGCUUCGCCCCGCACCGAUUCUCCCCAAGCCUAUGAAGCGCCCGUCUCGCAAGCAAAGACCAAAGAGGGAUCAGCACAGCAAACUCCAAAGGCUUCUCGGAAUCCCUCGGGUGCCACCUCCGGCCAACCUCGCGGGGUCUCUCCCCGUCCUCCGGAAGGUGGUCUAGACCCAGUGACUCGAGUGAUGUCGGAGUCUUCAGCUACUGGAACGCCCCGCACAAGCAGCGACUUCUACUCUGCGAGCAAUCACAGCAACGAGACGGUGACUUCUGAAUUGCCCACGCAAGCGCGGUCGUCACAUCAUCGCUGGACCUCGGAGACCGCGUCGGCACCCGACUUCUCCGUGUCUGCGCGACAGAACAGACGACCUGCAGCUAGACCCGAAACACUCAUGCUGGGCUACGCGCAAACUAUGGGCCACUUUAUACUCGACGGCAGCCUAGUCAAUGCAGCGCCGUUCGAAGAGAUCAAAAGAAAGGGUGUGCAAGGUGGUGGCGGCGUCGUUGGCGUCGACCAAGCCAAAGCUUCUGCCGGCAUGUUUGGCGCGUUCAGCUGGGGCAGCAUCGGCGACUCCCUUGGCGGUCUAUUAGGAGUGGACGAGAAGAGCUCGAUUGCGCAGAUGAAAGCGACGGCUGGGUCGAAGAGUAUCCCGUUACUCUCCACGCCGCAGAAUCUGCUGUUUGUUGACCUCACCUUGGCCCCGGGGGAGAACAAAAGCUUUGCUUAUCGCUUCCCCCUUCCGCGCGGCUUGCCUCCGAGUUACAGAGGCCGGGCAAUCAAGGUUUCCUAUCACCUCUCGCUCGGCGUGCAGAGGCCUGCAGGCCAGACGGUCAAGCACAUCGAACUACCAUUCCGUGUGAUAGGGAGUUACAACGCUCAAGGCGAAUUGCUUGGCCACGAUCUGAUGUCUCCUUACACUCUGCUGCAAGACACUGCCCGGAGCAAGAGCAUCGCGCCUGAUCUCCUACACUCCCUCCAAUUCCCCGAGCUGUUCCGGAGAGACAGCGCCAAAGCCACACCCCAACAAGGCCUAGAAGACUUCCUCCGCUACACAGAAAGACUACUCGAAAAAUCCGAAGACUCGACCAACCCUCUCGCCUCACCCACCUCUCCGGGCCCCCAACGCGGCUUCUCCCGCACCUCGAGCAUCGUCGAACCGCUCCCAGCAUCCACGAAAGAAGCCAUCGACCUCGCCAUCAUGCGCGCCAACCACAUCGAGCGCGUCGCAAAGCAACGCCAAGGCGACGCCAAUCCCAGCGCGAACCGCUUCAACAUCAGUCGCGCCGGCCAGCCCGUCGCCGUGCUCACGAUCCUGCGGCCCGCGUACAGACUCGGCGAAGCGGUCAUUGGCACCAUCGACUUUACCGCCCCUUCGCCAUCAUCCGCCACUACAGCAUCUCCGCACAUCCCCACUUACGCUGUCCUCGUGGAGCUGGAAUCCGCCGAGCAGAUAGACGCCUCCCUGGCUUUGCGCAGCAAGAGCUCCAUCCAUCGCGUCACACGCAAGACGCACGCCGCGGUGCGGGAAAACACGCUUUUCGCGCGCCGCAUCAGUUUCAAUCUAACGAUCCCGCCUACCGCUACGCCAUCAUUCGAUACCACGGGCGUGAGUCUAGUUUGGCGACUGAGGGUGGAGUUUACGGUUCCGCGGCAAGGCCAGCCGCCGCCUGUCAUUGAUAUUGGAGGUGAUGAGGAUGACGAUGAGCCGGAGGCGGGGACGGCGAAGACGGAUGCGGGGGAUUUAUUGGAAGAGAUUGGGAGGGAUGAGCGGGGGGCGACGUUUAUUGCAAAGGAAAGGCUUUGGGCGGAGACGUUUGAGAUUGGUGUUCCGUUGAGGGUGUAUGGCGUGCCGGCUGAGGGGGAGGGAGAAGGGCUCGAGUCUGGGGCCUGGGAGGUGUGAGGUAUUGCGGAGCAGCGAGAGAAAACGGAGAGGCAUGUCAUUCAUUUCAUUCAGCGUCAAUAUGUAAGCUCAUGGAAGCUCAUGGAUCAGCAC